GAAUGUGACGUCAGGGCGCAGGAGUCGGGUGGAUUAGAAAGUUCACCGCGAAGCCUGGCAAGGAGUUGGCAGAGUUUUCCCAACUGUCCGUCACCUAAACCCCGGUCCGGUCCUUCUGUCAGAGGUGUCGGGUAUGGACAAACUCAGGGCUACGUUGGGUGGUCGCGAUGGCCAGAGUGAUGGCAGAAAUAUUAUCGAGGCAGCGAAUGAAGCGUCCACUCUUGGAUGGGGAACGCGCGUGAAAGGAUUCAUCGCGUGUAUGGUGAUCGGAGUUGGGUGCACUGUUCUGGGGGUGUGUUGCUUAUUUAUUCCCAAACUAGGGCUGAUUCUCUUCAUUGUGUUCUACACCUUUGGAAAUGUUUGCUCCCUUGCAAGCACCAUGUUCUUGAUGGGCCCACUGAAGCAGCUGAAGAGGAUGUGUGAUAAGACGCGGUUCUUUGCCACUGCAGUCAUGAUCACUUGUUUAGUGCUGACCAUCUGUGCAGUCUUCUGGUGGAAAAUCUUUGUUCUUGCUCUGGUGUUCGUCAUUCUGCAGUCUAUUGCUUUUGCCUGGUAUGGUUUGUCGUAUAUUCCAUUUGCAAGGGAUGCAGUACUGAAGUUUUUGUCCAUGAUGUGCCGGUUUUGUAUCAAAGAAUGAGCCGAAGAUGCUGAUGGAUUCAGCCAUAACACUGAGCUUUUGAGUUUACACUCCCCUGUGAAAUACCUGCUUAGAUACUGUUACAGGUCAUUUAAUGACUGGUCUUUUGGCAGGGCUGUAUAUGUGAUAUGCAAGAAAUCACAAGCUAUGAAGAGUUUAUAAUAUGUGGUGUUUGAAAUGUACAUUUUAUUGUUAUUUUUGCAGAAUUAUUCAUCUUAAUAUACUGAUAGAGGUUUUGGCCUUUUUGGAAAAUGUAAAAUAUUGUGUUUUUAAUUGUAAAUGUCUGAAAUAAUGGUCAUAUUAAAAAUGGUUACACACA